CAUUGGUGGAAACCAGCAGGAAGCGAAGAGAAGAGCUCGAGUCGCGAGAUCUGACAAGUUCAACCCGAACCAGCCGAGCAAACUCUACGAAGGCGCUGCUGCUUCGCAACCAGACCACCAACAAAUACAACAAAAACAACUGCGGCCGCUUCUCUGCAGUCGUCUGCGGGGUUUGGGCGAAGUCGGGACAAGUCUGCGGACGCUGCUGCCGCAUUUUAGAGACGCUCUCUUACCCCAACGUUUCCGGAAAUACACCGCAGAGGGCAUCGGCGUGAGGAUGGCUGCGUACAAGCUGGUGCUGAUCCGCCACGGAGAGAGCUGCUGGAACCAGGAGAACCGCUUCUGUGGCUGGUUCGACGCGGACCUGAGUGGCACCGGGGAGCAGGAGGCGAAGAGGGGAGGCCAGGCGCUGAAAGAUGCUGGCUAUGAAUUUGAUAUUUGUUACACCUCUGUCCUGAAGAGGGCCAUCCGCACCCUGUGGUUUGUUCUGGACGGCAUCGACCAGAUGUGGCUGCCCGUCCACCGGACCUGGCGCCUCAAUGAGCGCCACUACGGUGGCCUGACUGGGCUGAACAAGGCUGAAACAGCAGCCAAACACGGAGAGGCCCAGGUUAAGAUCUGGAGGCGCUCUUUUGACACUCCUCCCCCACCCAUGGAUGAGGAGCAUGACUUCUAUCAGACCAUAAGCAAGGACCGACGUUAUGCCGACCUGACGGAGGACGAGCUUCCUUCCUGUGAGAGUCUCAAGGACACCAUCGCAAGGGCAUUGCCUUUCUGGAACGAUGAGAUCGUCCCACAGAUCAAAGAAGGAAAGAGGGUGCUGAUUGCUGCCCAUGGCAACAGUCUCCGGGGCAUUGUCAAACAUCUCGAGGGGAUGUCAGAGGAGGCCAUCAUGGAGCUGAACCUGCCCACAGGCAUCCCCAUUGUCUAUGAGCUGGACAAGAACCUGAAGCCUACGGGACCCAUGCAGUUCCUGGGAGACGAGGAGACGGUCAAGAAGGCCAUGGAAGCCGUGGCUGCUCAGGGCAAAGUCAAGAAAUAGACUCAUCCUCCCUCGGGGGACUAGAGUACAGAUCAAUCAUGUGCUGUUUAGUCAUCAAGUUGAAACUAGGUCAUUUACUGUGCAUGUCAUCACAGACUUACACAAACACAAUGUGCACUUUAUUGAAAUAAUACCUAACUUUCACACAAAUGGACAUUGGAUGUUCGCUUAGAUUGGUCUUAACCAUUUGACAUACUGAAACACACAAUUCAUUAUUAGACUAUCAAUAUCAGCUGUAAUAUGGUUUAAGCACUGACCAAAAAUUGCAAAUGGGGACCAGCGAAUAGGAGCUUACUGACUAACCCUGCACAGUAUUCCUUCCUAUGUAAGAUCCGUGUAGGUGAUACUCAGUGGGAACAGUAUAACAUAUAAAGUAACGCUGGCUGUUGUCAAAAGGGCAAGUUGUUAUGCUCUGCACUGCUGAAUUUAGUUUGCUGUGGCAUUGUGAGGAGAAAAAUAAAUGUUGUGAAACUUUGUGAUGAAA